UGGACUCAAACAAGGCAGUCACUGAAGCGAUGUAGCACUGAUCCCUGCUGACGACGGCCUCAGUCAAGGUGUUUCCAUGUAGAGGACGAAGGCAUACAGGACUAUAACGAGAGUGACAGAAGUCCCAUAAAGAUGGACGAAGCUGAGAAGAGGGUUCUCGGCCAGUACCGACAUCGUCUUGCUAAUGAAAUAGUUGUCACAGAGAGUUUCCUGUGUGCAUUCUGUGAGAGUAACGUCCUGGACAAGGAGAUGUCUGCUGUCAUUCAGAAUGAGCUGAGUUACGUGAGCAAGGCCCACCGCCUGCUGGAGCUGCUGCCCAAGAGAGGCUACAAGGCCUUCACCGCGCUGUUGGAGAUCCUGUCAAUAACCAACCCCUGGCUGGCUGAAAAGAUGAAGACCAGCUACAUCGAGGAGAAGAACAGAGAAGCUAAACUCAAGAUUGCAUCAUCCAUUACAGCUUCAGAGCCAAUCACUGGAUGUACGGAGCCACCAGUCGGAAACAGCCAGAUGAUGACAUCAAGAGGAAUGUGACUAUCUUCAUAAAGCGCAAUCUCUUCCAUCUGACAGAGACAGAGCAGAAGGAGACAGAAAAGUGGCUUGCUGAGGAAAUCCAGAAGGAACGCACUCGUCAACAAAACAAGCGGUUGAUGUCCGAUGAGGCUGUACGGAUCCCCACACCUGUAUUCCAGUCCUCCAAAGAAGUCCAAACAGACACGAAUGCUAUGGACAUCCAGGAGUUGUAUGAGGACAUGGCUAUACAUAUGUAUGGCACUGACUUUGACUUUGAGGUAGAUGUGAGUUUCCGAAUGAUCAAGGAGCAGGUGAAGGAGAUUCUAGACAGGAUGAACUGUCUAGACCGGGUGAUGAUGCAGUGUGUGGAUAAGUUUGAAGAUGUGGACCGUAUGAGUUUGACUCUUCCUCAGCUUGUGGAGAAGUCCACUAUAAAUGAGAGAGAUCUCAGCUACAAGCUCUCAGAGGAGAAACGGCGCAACCAACGUCUCCAACUAGAGAAAGAUUAUCUGGUGAAGCACAUUGCUCAACUUGAGUCAGAUGUUGACAGACUCUAUGAUAAACACAACGCAAUGUUUGUUCGCCCACAGAAAACAUUUGUAAAGAAGAAACAUGAGGUCAUCCAGAAAAAAACGCGUCCGAAGUCAGACCGCAUUCCUGACCACUAUGUUACAAUCAUUGACGACAGCGACAAAGAUGAGGACAGCUCGUGACAUCAGCCCUGUGGCGCCUCGACGACCACGACACACACGGUCAUCCCCACCUAAAUCUGCAGCUAGGUCACGACGUGUCCACAACAACCAGGGCAGCAAUGUAAAAGUGAAAAGUGCGAACUUUGACACAAUAAAGUUUGAACCUUCAACACCCUCAACGAAAAGGAAGCCCAUUCCAAGCAGAAGUUACCAGCUACUUUCGCAAUACUAUAAAUGACAAUGACAUAUAGGCUUUUGGGUAUGAUUGUGAUAAUUUCACAGUCUUGUACAAAGAGAUUCCUUCAUGGAGUCUGUCUGAUUCCAUUUUACUUACAAACUGUACGCUAUGAGCAAAGGUGAGUCAGAUACAGACUGACAUGUGGUAUAUUACAACGAUAAAUAGUAUAUGCCAAGCCUGAGUAGAUUAAUCCAUUUCUAACACACCCUAAAAUCACAUCAUUUCAGCUUUGCAUCAAUGCAUGUUUUAUUUAUUUUCAUGAUUGCAGCACAUCAAAACACAACACAUUUGUCAUAAGUGAGAUCAUCCAGCUUACAGCUUAUACACAUACCUAGUGUGACCCUCCACAAAACUGUGGAUUUUCAGGAUGACAAUGUAAAUUAGAUAGAUCCAAAUACAGUCAAAAACUGCAACAUCAGACCAAGAACAUAAAUUCACUUGAUAGUCCUGACUGUGUAUCUGUUCAUUCACUUACUCGGUGCCCUGACAUCUCAAAUUCAACUCAAAAAGACUUAUUCCUGGCUAUGAGUCAGUGCCAUCAACACACAUACAGUUGGAAGUAUACCAUACACAUUUAUAGGUUUAGUUCUAGUCACACAAAAUACCUAUUUUCCUCUCUGACGCAUAUGUGACAUAUAAGCAAGUGUACCUCAAAUCUGCUAUAAACAUAUUUCAUAAAAUUGUGUGUGUUUUGUUUGAAAAAACAUAAAAUCUCCUGUAUGUUAUGAAGGCAGCAGAUAUACAUUGUUCAUCUUUGUUUACUACAAAUGGCUUUAUAUAUGUUGAUUACUGGUGAUGCUGGUAUGUUGAUUACUGGUGAUGUGGUACGUUGAUUACAGGUGAUGAUGGUACGUUGAUUACUAGUGAUGCGGUAUAGUGGUUACUAGUGAUGCUGGUAUGUUGGUUACUAGUGAUGCUGGUAUGUUGAUUACUAGUGAUGCUGGUAUGUUGGUUACUAGUGAUGAUGGUACGUUGGUUACUAGUGAUGCUGGUACGUUGAUUACUGGUGAUGCUGGUAUGUUGAUUACUGGUGAUGUGGUACGUUGAUUACUAGUGAUGAUGGUACGUUGAUUACUAGUGAUGAUGGUAUGUUGGUUACUACUGAUGCUGGUAUGUUGGUUACUGGUGAUGUGGUACGUUGAUUACUGGUGAUGAUGGUAUGUUGAUUACUAGUGAUGCUGGUACGUUGAUUACUAGUGAUGCUGGUAUGUUGGUUACUAGUGAUGCUGGUAUGUUGGUUACUAGUGAUGCUGGUAUGUUGGUUACUAGUGAUGCUGGUAUGUUGGUUACUAGUGAUGCUGGUAUGUUGGUUACUAGUGAUGCUGGUAUGUUGGUUACUAGUGAUGCUGGUAUGUUGGUUACUAGUGAUG